ACUCUUGCUCUUCGACAAAAAUCGAACCCUGAGGCCUGAGCUCCGGCGAGAGCAGGAAAAGCUGUGAUUCCUACAUCUCUCGAUAAUUUGCAGUCGGUUGCCAUGGAAACCCUGAGCUCCGUCGCGACCAUCAUCUCUUCAUCUCGAUCCUUGUUCUCUCCCAAGCUAAAAGACGCGCAAGCAAAAGUCCUCCGUUUCCACACCUCCUCCAAAAGUUGCAUACACGUUUCCUUUUACGAUUUGUAAUCUGAUUUCCCUUUUUUCAUUUCUCCUUUGGUUGUUAAUUUGACAUGAUUCUCUACUUUAUUCCAGAGAGCGGCGACGAUUCCGAUCUUCAAUCUGAUUCCAACAGCUCCAGCAUCGUCCCUUUCUACGGCAAUAGAACUUUCUCGAAGGAUGAUGCUAUGGGGUUGGUUCUUAGCGCGGCGUCGGUGAGAGGCUGGACGACGGGUUCAGGGAUGGAGGGGCCGUCCGUGCCCGCUGGAGUGGAUGACGGUUCUAAUACGGAGAGGAUCUCUACCUUACCGUGGUCUCUCUUCACCAAGUCGCCGCGCAGACGCAUGCGCGUCGCCUUUACUUGCAACGUUUGCGGUCAAAGGACCACUCGUGCCAUUAAUCCGCACGCCUAUACAGACGGCACUGUAUUCGUCCAGUGCUGUGGAUGCAAUAUAUUUCACAAGCUUGUGGAUAAUUUAAACCUGUUUCAUGAGAUGAAAUGCUAUGUGACCCCGACCUUCAAUUACAGAGGUGAUCCGAAUUGGAAUGUUGGGUUCAAGUUCUUUGAGGAGAAUGAUGAUGAUGGUAAGGAGUUUCCCAUGUGAAAGAGAUAAGCAAUCACCUGGCACUGUAUAUAUUCAUUUUCAUAUCUGGGAAACUGAUUCACUCCUUGUAUAUACACUUUGUAGUUAUUGGUUUAUCUUGUGUAAUGUAGGUUUUGCAGCUAAUAAGUCAUUUGGUUCUUCUUAGCUAAACAUUGUAUUGCAGGCUUAAAUUAUCAUUUAAUGGAAAACAUAGAAUUGAUCCCCUCUUUUUAAUAAUCUAUGAAUCUUUAC